AGGACUGGACACGUAUUUCGACGACGGCGAGGCUCUGCAGAAGAUUUUUCAAGCAGUAGCAGCAGAUCCAGCAAUAGCAGUUAAUGUAGAAUAUUCUGUGUGUAACCGAGCGCGGGUGUUUGUGUUUGUGCAUCCAGGUGAAGGAGCCCCUGAGCUGUUCCGCUGCGUGAAACGACCCGGGGCGGCCUGUUGUUGGGGGUCUCGAGGCAGCCUUCGGGGGUGGCGUAGGUGGUGCGGCAAACGGCGAGGAGACCGACGACCCGUAUGAAAAAUUAUGUGGCGCUGCUACUUCGAACAUGUGUAUAGAUAUACCUACGGCAUUAUAGAGUGUUCGCAAAGCACAGGGAAUGCCAGUGAAAAACUGCAGUACAGAAAUUUGUAUACUUCGGAGGAUUAAAUGGUGACGGAUUAAGGGUACAGUUAAUCACCGUGGGAAUUUGUUCUCUGCAUUCUGGAGAGUGUAACGUCCGAAAGGUCGCAGGAUCAAUUUCGGGAGGUGAUUAAAAUUCGUUCGAACAACAGCAGCAGCGAGUGAGUGAGCUGGAAACAUUGGACCAUAACCGAGUGAGAAAUUUGCGAUUGUGACACAAUUGGCGCCUGACGUUGGGCAACAGGAAAAAAAACGCCAACGGAUCGAAGAGUUGGUCCACUUCGUAUUUUGCAACUCAAGCUUCUUGAAAUUAAGCAAAAAAUAUACCAGUUGAUCUCGAUUGUUGUCGUUGCCUUCGGAAAAACGGGGUUUUCCCAGAAGCAUAAAUGUGAAGAAGAGCAACAGAAUUUAUCAGGACAUGAGAAAUUGGGUUCCACAAAAUUGUAAAAUACAUAUUGUGAAGUGCUAAGCCCGAAUACAACGGGAAAAUAAAAAUGUGAGAGUGCUGCACGGAGAGGGAGAGCAUGGAUUCGAAACCGGGUAGAGUUGGAAGUGAGAACUAGCAGCAACAUGUUUAACCCAUUUUAACGAGGAUUUUGCUACAGAAGGCGAAAGCAACAGAGCCAAGAAGCGAACAACGGAUACAAUCCACACGUCGGAAUCCUUCGUUCGUCGGUGGACGGCGACCGAGAAGAAUGGCCACGAUCUCAUAGUUUUCAGUGUGAGUGCGCGCUAACUUUCUGUGGUUUGGGAAGAGGUGGUCCAGCGACAAAAACAGAAAAAAACUAAAUCCACUCUACUUUGAUUAACUAACCGAACAUGAAGGAAACCUCUAGCUCCCUCAAAGGACGAAGUCCGAGAGAAACAGGAAAGUUUUCUGUGUUUUAUUCUCCGCAUGUCGUAAAAUAUUAAAAGCGUGAAUGUGUUAAAAAAGAAGAAAAAAACACCACGCGGCUCCAUCUAGUGGUGGUUUUUUUUCUCACUGCCCCAAACUAUAUUCGCUGAACUUGCGACAGAAAGCAAAAGCUUAGAAGCAAAAAAAAAUUAAAGCGCGAAAACACGCUCUAUUCCUGUAAAAAAGUCUAAUUGAAUCAUAAAUGUAAUUAAGCUUCCGAGUUGCAGGAACGCAGAAAAAUGAAUACAAAACAAUCCUGCUGCGGGAGUGUUCUUCAAACAUACAUAAAGAAGACGUUGUUGAUGGGUUGAUGGACCCAAUUAUAGGUUCAGUUUCUGCGCCACGUGGAAUUCUUUGGAAGAAAACACCCACGCUGACACUUUAUUACGGCGUUAUCCAUUACAAUAGGCAACAGUGCAAGUGACUGUGAAAUUUAAAUCUCAUUAAACAGUUUAACUGCUGGGGUGGUUGACAGCCGAACUUUGCCCGACCUGGUGAAACAUUCAUUCGAGUGACGACUUAAUGUGCAUGGGACUUGUUCUGAUAUGGGCUUGUCGUGUUGAUAAGCAUCCAGCUCGGCUUAUGGUGGUGGUUUAUCGUGCACGCUGGAUGGCUCAAUUUGUUGUGUCGAUUUAAAAGAUUCAAAUAUACUCUACACCUGAGGUGGAUGUGACGCGACACGCGGUGCCAAGUGAAUGUUGAAGAAGGUCGGCGUUUGUGAAUUUUGGUGGAGGCGUGGAGAAAAAGUUGGAAUGUUGGUUGCUCCGGCAGUUUAUGUGGAGCAAUUCUGAAUAGAAGUUGGUUGGGGGUCCUGAAGUGACUUGGCAGAAUUUGCUCUCGGUGCUCUGGGCAGGUGGAUGUGAGUGUGGGUGGGUGGCCACCGGAAACGGAUCGGAAGCGUGACAACGAUGAUAAAUUAUGCAGGAGACGGCAAUCGAAUCGGUGUAAUGUGCCGUCACUCGUCGGGCCCUGUUGAACAGGAUAAUUGUGGAGCCAGCCAGGGCGAUUCGGGCAAUGCCAAGGAUGGCUGCAGCGGCAUCUGACAAGACCUAGCCCUCACCGGAAUCGCUCGAUUGGAGUUGGCCAGAGGAGUUUUUGUGCUCGGUAAAAAGUGUGACAGAGACCGAUGCUGUAAAUAACAACGAAAGUUCACAGCCUCUAUAAAUCUUUGAUGUUUGUGUUCGUGUUUUGUGAGGAAAAUCGACAGCCAAUUGAUUCAGAUGUAAUCGAAACACUUCAAAUCGUUACCAAUAAUCUUAACCUGUAGUUCAAGUUUCAUAUGCACGAGUGCGUUGUACAGCUCACACUGUAAAUAGUUAAUCCAGCAGCAAGCAGUUUUUUCUAAAAUUUCUAAAUUAUUAAAACCAAUACAAGCAGCAAAGAAAAAAGUUGUACCACAUUUUAUCCGAAUGUUGUAGAGUGUAUAGUUUAUGAAUCUAACCAACAACGUUACUAGCUAGUAGAUGUUUGCGUAAAAUUCUCUAAAAUUUGCUACUUCAGCAGUUGUAAUUCAACUUAGUGCGCAAAAGUGUUAAGCAUUUAUCACCCUGCAAAAGAGUAAUAAUCAAAUAAGCCAAAGUAGUUCAUUGUGCAGUGCAAAUUAUGUAACCCAAACCAGAAAGAAAAUAAAAAGAAAUUAAUUAUCAUAAUCGCUGUUACUCGGCCCCGAAAAAAAAUAGAGUCGAAUCCAACCCUCAAAAAAUAAAGAAAAAAAAAUCCAACUCGGAAUAGUCCAGUGAAUUCCAUAAUUGCAGAAGAAAAGUGAGAAAAAGCUAAUACCGUGUGAAACCCCCCUUCGUUUUUAUGAGAGCGAGAAAAAAUAUCGUAGGAAGAGUGCGAAGGUUGAUUUUGUGCUUUCAUGCUAUCGGAGUAUUUCAUGCGAGUGAUACCUCCUCAAAGUACCGCAUAAUAACAACGACUAGUAGCUGCUAGUUAGUGGAUCUGGCACACAACCAUACACAAAAGUGUCGACGAAAAGCAAACAAAAGUAUAAAACUACAAUCAUCAUCAUUCUGGAAACAAUAAUAACCGUAGCCAUUAAGUAAAAUAAAUAAAACACACACUCUCUCUAACUUCGUGCUUCAGCAUUCUUUCGGAUCCCGAACCCAUUCUUCUCACCAAUUCUGUGGCACCUCGUGAAAAUAAAUUCGAGAAAAAAAGUUAAAUCAAAACGCUACGAUUCAAACUUAAAUAACAACAAAUUAUUCAACUCGUGAAUAGAAAAGGAAAAUUGUCAUUCCCUCACCCCUUGGGGCUUAAAGAAGAAAAAAUAACCAGUGUAAAACCCCCUGUUUGUCCCCAGUGCAAAAGUAAACAGUGCACAUCCUGUGAGUUGCAAAUCAAACAACAAAGGCUGCUUCGAUUGAAGUCGGGGAAAAGUGUCACAACUGGUGUAGUGUGGCACAAGAGCAAAACCAACAACGACCGGAUACACCAUCAACUGAAAAAGCUCAUCCUCUCACCCCUUAGACGUGAGGGAUUAACAACCCCUUGCACCCUUGGAAGUGAAAAUAAACAAAAACAACAACAACGCCGUGGCAUUUGAUGUUGUUUUGAAAAUUUGGAACGUGUUAAGCCCUCGGCCAGAAAACGCAGCCCGACCCAAUUGUGCGCGGCUGCUCCGAGUGCAUCCACGAAUAGUGUUCCUGUUGAUGUUGUUGUGUGCAACUAGUUAGUUUGUUUCGGUCCCAGUUGUGGUGUGAAUGAUCCAGUUUGUUCCCAAACAAAAACAACCUCUCUAUACUUGGUCGGUGGUAAGCACCCCGAAGCGUUCUCCAAACAAACCUCUCUAAAGCUUCCCUUUCCCUUAUUCUCUCAAUCCCGAUAGAAGGAAAGGGUGCAGCCAGAUCGAUCCACGUAUUCCCUCAAACAGAACCAAUACAUCGACACACGACACGAAAUAUUGUUUGAAGAAUAGAAGAAUAAAAAACGAAUACUAAAUAGGAUAAAAUUACUACAACCGACAACGACGGCGUAGACCGCAAUUACAUCGGAGUACCCCCCUCCGAUGAUGUGAAGAGAAUAGGAGGGUAGUAACUCUCUCUUCCUCCAAACAACCAAGCAUAGUUACCCCCGUACGCCAAUCGGUCAUUACAAUGUGGUGAAAUAGUUUCAGUGACACAUAGUAAGCGCUGGAAAAAGAAUCACCGUGACUCGUCACGGAAUUUACGUGUUUUUUCUCCUACUUUCUACCUUGUGCUUUUGUCCCAGUGUUGCCCUUCCCAAAGGGAAAAAAGAAAUAACCUUAUCAAUAACUAAGCAAAUUUGAAAUAAUUCAUCAGUGUGGACGAAAACUUAAAAAUGAUUCCAGAACCUGUUUUGAAAGCUCAAGGGCUGAAGCUGCCUCCCUUUGACGAGGAAAUAGUUGAAGAAUAACCUGUGUGUUGUAACCACCUCGAAAAGGAAGUCAGCACACACAUUCCCUUCGAAAGCAAUACAUCGCAACUCCCCCCCUCUCCAUCAUCCAAUAUCGAAUCCCGCGGAGCCAAUCCGACGACAACGGCUUUCAAAACGGCUGCGACUACGAUAAGAACGAUUGCGACCAACAACCCGGAUCCGAUCACGACCAUCGACGGACACAACAUGACCGAUGCAACGACACCGACCGAUGGGACAGGUUCAGCAAAGCAUCAGGUCGUUGCGUACACGGAAAAGUCCCAGGAUAAGCACGAAUCGCGGCACAUCCAGCUGGUCCGGGAGUAUGGCUUCCAUCCGCGCUCCAAGGUGCAGGUCGAGGAUGGGGCCGUGCUGCCCCGGAAGUUCGAACCAUUUCCGGACGACAUGUACGGGCGGCCGCUGGAGGAAAUCGACAACUUCAUCUACGAGGAGACCUUCUGUGUGGUAUCGAAGCGAUUUCGCAAGAACUACAUCCACCGGUUCACCGGAACCAAGAGUCUGUUCUGCUUCACUCCGUGGAGCCCAACCCGACGUGCCUGCGUGUAUCUGGCGACGAAUCAGUUCUUCGACUACUUCGUCAUGGCCACCAUCCUGUUCAACUGCAUCUUCCUGGCGAUGUCCGAAACGAUCGAAGAGGCGGAAUAUAUAUUUUUGGCAAUUUACACCGCGGAGAUGAUAAUCAAAAUUAUAGCUAAGGGGUUUAUCCUGAACAAGUACACGUAUUUGCGCAAUCCAUGGAAUUGGCUUGAUUUCGUGGUCAUCACCAGCGGGUACGCGACGCUCGGCAUGGACGUCGGCAAUCUGGCCGGGUUGCGGACCUUCCGGGUGCUACGAGCCCUCAAAACGGUCUCAAUAAUGCCCGGGUUGAAAACUAUCAUCAAUGCGUUGUUGCACUCGUUCAAACAACUGGCCGAGGUCAUGACGCUGACCAUCUUCUGUCUGAUGGUGUUCGCUCUUUUUGCACUUCAGGUGUACAUGGGCGAGCUGCGGAACAAAUGUGUCAAAAAUGUUCCAGAAGGCUGGAACUUUACCCACGAGGAAUGGCGGAUGUGGGUGAACGAUACCGAAAACUGGAUAAUAGACGACGAGGGGCUGCCCAUGAUUUGUGGGAAUCUUACAGGGGCACGGCACUGUCCAUCAGAAUUCACGUGCCUCUGUGUGGGGGAGAAUCCAAAUCACGGUUACACCAACUUUGACAACUUCAUGUGGUCGAUGUUAACAACCUUCCAGCUUAUUACGCUGGACUAUUGGGAGAAUGUAUAUAACAUGGUUCUCGCAGCUUGCGGUCCGAUGAGUGUUUCUUUUUUUACGGUAGUGGUAUUUUUCGGUUCGUUUUAUCUGAUUAAUUUGAUGUUGGCCGUCGUGGCGCUCAGCUACGAAGAGGAAGCGGAAAUCACUCAGGAGGAAAGGCGGAAGGAUCUGAUCGACCACCGGGACGAUUCGACGUUCAGCUUCGAUCCGGCCACACUGAAUGUGAAGCAGCUGAGCAAACAGCAGCGCAAAAAGCUGGACGCCCGGAAAGGAGUCCUGCUGGCCUCUUAUUCCCGGAAGAAAACCCGCCGGAGAAAGGGCGGCAAGGGCAAGGAGUGUGGCGGAUCGAACGGAAACAAUCAUACCAAAAGCAGAUCGGUGACGCCAAGUCCGAGUCCCAGUCCGAGGCACAGCAUCGUGAGGCCACAGGCGCUGGCACUGCAGCGAACCAAGGGCAUCCUGGCCACCGGACCAACCGGACCACCUCUGGUAGUUCAACAGCAGCAGCAACUGCAGCAGCAACAGCAACAACAGCAUCAGAAUCCGAACACGUUGCACCCUUUAGGGGUACACUACCGGGGCCAGCUGUUGCCAUCGAGUCGGCAGGCCAGCUCCAACGCCAGCGAGGGUGGUGUCAAUCGCGAAUCUUCCCUGGACGACUCGGGGGUGGUGGACGACCACGAGGAGCAGGACGUGACGGCCACGGAACUGGUGCAUCCUGGAGCACUGGUAGAGCAACCGCAACCGGUCACUCUGGCGCUCUCGCCGCGGGAGGUUAGGAUAAUAAAAUGUAACGGUAAUUUAGCGAAAGUUAAGAAGCAAAACGUUUAUGCCCUCCACCCGGAAUACUUAUCGCAAAUUGUCGUACUAGACGAUCUUCCUGAUAGAAAUUGUGAUAGAUGUGUUCAGUGUUGUUUCCACUACGAAAAGUGGUUGCAAUUUCAAAAUUGUUUAUAUAAUAUUGUUAAGGAUCCAUUAUUCGAGUUAGGGAUCACACUAUGUAUUGUUUUAAAUACAUUGUUUUUAGCAUUAGAACACCAUGGGAUGAAUGCGAGUGUGCGAGAAGUUUUAGAUGUUGGUAAUAGGGUUUUUACAUCGGUUUUUACACUAGAGUGCACCCUGAAGGUGCUGGCCCUGUCGAAGGAUUUUUUCUUAUGCGGCUGGAACAUUUUUGAUCUGAUUAUCGUUUCAGCCAGUUUGCUCGACUUGUUUUUUGAAUUGAUGCAGGGUCUCACCGUGUUGCGAGGGUUAAGAUUGUUACGGGUACUGAAACUAGCACAAUCAUGGACCACAAUGAAGGUCCUGCUAAGUAUUAUCAUAUCGACAAUAGGUGCUUUAGGUAAUCUGACGUUCGUGUUGGUGAUUGUUAUCUAUAUUUUUGCUGUUAUCGGAAUGCAGUUGUUUUCCAAGGAUUACACGCCGGAAAAGUUCGCACCGGACCCAGUCCCAAGGUGGAACUUCAACGAUUUUUUUCAUUCGUUUAUGAUGAUUUUUCGCAUUUUAUGCGGAGAAUGGAUCGAGCCACUGUGGGACUGCAUGCGAGCAGAAGAAGAGCAAGGAGCUUCUUCGUGUUUCGCCAUUUUUCUGCCGGCGCUAGUGAUGGGAAACUUUAUGGUUCUCAACUUGUUCUUGGCCUUGUUACUCAAUAGUUUUAAUUCGGAGGAGUUGAAGUCGAAAAAGGAGGAAGUCGGUGAGGAUUCCAAGCUGGCGCGCAGUUUCGAACGAAUACGGUCAAUUGUGCGCAAAAAGCGGAACGCCUACAAAGAGAAGAGCGACAAUGAAAACAAUAGUCGGUUGGAGCGGCUGGUGAACGAAAUCGUCAUCAAGCAGCGAGAGGAAAAGAAACUCUACACAACGACGACGAUGAUGGUGCCAAAGGAUGGUGCUACCGUAGUGAUGCCGGCGGUGACGGACUUUCGACCGAUCGGCGAGGGUGCCAUCUACAGCCAGAGCUAUCAGCAAUCGCUAUCGCAACACCGCUUGCCGACGGCUGAGCUUUGCUACGAGAUUCCGCUGAAGGAUCGACCACUGCGGACCAUCUCCGGUAGUCAGGAAACGAUAUCGCAGAUGGACGAUCGGCAGCUACCGGAUGAUAACCAGUCGCCUCCAAUGACGGAGGUGGAGCGAAAGAUACUCCAGCAAAUGUCUUCCGGUUUCGGUACCCAGCAGAGUAAGGACGAACCGACCGAGUCGCUCGAGCUGCGUUCCCUGAACCCCAAUCCGAUCAACUCUUCCGAGAUCGAUCCGAACGACCAGUCGAUCCACAUAUCCGAUUCGCAGCCAUACGACGAAGCGUACCUCCAAUACCAGAAGUCGCUGCUGAAUCGGUCGCCCAGUUAUCGUAAAUCGCUCGACAAAACGUCAUCGCGAACUUCCAGUGCGCAGUCGUUGGCUGUCUCGCUGACCAAGUGCCAUUCACCGCUGGUGCAGGAGGUGCUGAACGCCGGUUCGACCUACCUGCGCAAUAGCAAUAUUUCGCUCAUACAAACAACGCCAACACCGGUACCUAGACGUGAAGAUAAUCAUUUUUUAGUAGCCGAUAGGAAAAGUAGCUUAGACAAGUCGAUAACAGCAUCUCCAUCACAACCGGCUUCCCAGCCGAUCAGCCAACAACGUUCGCCAAGUACCAGCAGUAGCAUGCGCAAGGCGGUGCUGGCCGCCAAUCGUCUUUCCGACCACUCACUCAAUACCCUGUCGAUAGAUCAGGACGAGCUGAUCAACCAGAUGAACCUGAAGGACGAGCUGCUCAACUGCGAGCAAAAGGAGCUGUUUCAGUUUCUCAGCGAUGAUUUUGACAAUAGCAAUAACUACUUCAGCGAUACGGUUGGCUACAGCAGUGCCGUAGUGGAGGCCGAUACGGAGAGUUUGUUGCUGAACAGUACGCACUCUGGUAAGAAAGAGGACAUCAUCUAUUCACCCGAUCGGAAGAUUUCCAAUGGUAGCCUAAAGUCUAAUCUAAGUAGCAUAUCCAAUUCAAUCUUUCAAGCACUAGAAAGUCGACGGGGUGGAAGUAUAUGCAGUUCCAUCGACAAACCGCGGCCAACGAUAGCGGUAGACAAUGGUAGUUUACGAUCGCGAAGGGGCAGCGACGACAAAGAACCUCUAGUAAAAACGUCUGAAUUCGAUGAAAUUAUUCACAGCUUCGAUACGGAGUUAAAAAGUUUAAAAUCGCUGUCGUUGGGCCGAAGUCAAUCCCAGACCGAUCCCAAAGGAUCCCCAGAGCGGGAACGACGAAACUCCGAUACAUGCCCCACAAAAGUGAUUCUCGAUGAGGUGGUUCAUCUUCGAAGGCCUAAAUCGAGCACCGUUUGUAAAUAUAGAGGUAGCAGUAAGGAUAACAAUAACACUCAUGGCAAUAAUACUAGUGAUAACGAUAAUAACGACAGUAAUACGUGUAACAAUAAUCCUAGAAUAAGUACCGGUAACGAUAGUAAUAGCAGUAAUACUGAUAGCAAUACUCAGCGCAGCGAAGCAUCGAAGCGACGCAGCCUAGAGAAACAACGUAACAUUACCGACGAAGAGUUCAACAUGGGACUGGAGAUAAAGAAACUCUGUGAUCAACUGCAAGCUCCAUUUGCAACCGUGCAUCAAGAUCCUUCCCUUUCGCACAGCGCACCACCCUCUCUUAGUCCUCACGCGGGACUCAACAACAUUAACACUCUACCGAUCGUGUUCCGACGAAAAAAUGACUUCCACAGUAGCUUCGACCGGAUCAAGCGACUCAGUUUGAUCGAACGCGUCGAAGAAGGUAACGAAGACGAAAAAGGCACCGUAGUGCAGCAGCAACCGAUCAAAGUAUCCAGUGAGAUUCUUCCUCGGAAACAGCUGUCAAAGGAUUGCCUCGAAACCCUGUCGCUCAAGAGCUGCUACAGUAUGGACCACUGCGAGAAACCAAUCAGCGAGACGAACCGACAAAUCGGCAUUAGCAUCCAAGAGUUUCAACGCAACAUUGCUCAAGAGAAUACUGCCGAAGGACUGAAGCCACCGGGCAAGAAGACCGUCACCUAUGGAGACGCUUCGCGACAAAACAGCUCGGCACAACCGACGCCCAAGCGGACGCCCUAUAAAUCCUACGAAUCCGACGCUCCACUGAAUCUUGCCGGAAAGCCAUGGCAUUGUCUAGUUUCUUACGUAGACGACAUCACCGUCGGUGGUCGUCGCAAUUCGCAAGGAUUCUACGACGAUCCAAUGGCCUUUCCCAGCUUUGGUCGUCGGAAAGCACCGAAAAUACCGCAAGACUGUUUCCCCCAAAAGUGCUACGAAAAAUGCAAAUGCUGGGACGCUUGCCUUAAGACUGAAAUCGGCCAACGAUGGUACCGAUUCCGGCAGUUCAUCCUGCAGUACGUGGACACGCCGGCCUUCGAGUGGUUCGUGCUGGUGUUGAUCUUUGCCUCCAGCAUCACGCUCUGCUUCGAGGAUAUCCACCUGGACAAGAACAAACGGCUGAAGCAGAUCCUCUACUGGACCAACUUUGUCUUCUGUCUGAUAUUCGUCAUCGAAAUGUUGCUCAAGUGGGUCGCCCUCGGGUUUGCCAAAUACUUCUCCAGCUUCUGGACCAUCUUGGACUUUAUCAUCGUAUUCGUGUCGGUUUUCUCGUUGCUGAUCGAGGAGAACGAAAACUUGAAAGUACUACGCUCGCUAAGAACGUUGCGCGCUCUACGGCCUCUGCGAGCGAUAUCCCGAUGGCAGGGCAUGAGAAUAGUAGUGAAUGCAUUGAUGUAUGCGAUUCCGUCGAUCUUCAAUGUACUCCUAGUAUGUCUCGUCUUCUGGCUGAUCUUCUCGAUCAUGGGCGUUCAGUUUUUUGGCGGGAAGUUCUUCAAGUGCGUUGACGAAGAGGGCGAAUUACUACCGAUAGACAUCGUCAACGACAAGUGGCAGUGUUACGCCAUGAACUACAGCUGGAUAAACUCGAAGAUUACUUUCGACCAUGUUGGUAUGGGUUACUUGGCCUUAUUUCAAGUGGCCACCUUCGAAGGUUGGAUGGAAGUGAUGGCCGACGCAGUGGAUGCCCGAGGGGUCGAUCUACAGCCACAACGGGAAGCUAACCUGUACGCGUACGUAUACUUCGUGAUUUUUAUCGUGUGCGGCUCAUUCUUCACUCUAAACCUGUUCAUCGGAGUUAUCAUCGAUAACUUCAAUAUGCUCAAGAAGAAAUACGAGGGUGGAGUUCUGGAGAUGUUUCUCACCGAAUCGCAGAAGCACUACUAUACCGCGAUGAAGAAGCUGGGCCGGAAGAAACCACAGAAGGUGAUCAAACGACCAAUCAACCAGUUCCUAGCCAUGUUCUACGAUCUCUCCAACUCGAGAAGAUUCGAGAUAGCCAUUUUCGUGCUGAUCUUCCUAAACAUGCUGACGAUGGGCAUCGAACACUACAAUCAACCGCAUGCGGUAUUCUUCGUGCUAGAGGUGAGUAAUGCGUUCUUCACCACCGUAUUCGGUUUGGAGGCAAUCGUCAAAAUCGUCGGUCUUCGGUAUCACUAUUUUACGGUACCGUGGAACGUGUUCGACUUCCUGUUGGUGUUGGCUUCCAUCUUCGGCAUUCUGAUGGAGGACAUCAUGAUCGACCUGCCGAUCUCCCCCACGCUGUUACGAGUUGUUCGUGUAUUUCGCAUUGGACGAAUACUGCGAUUGAUUAAGGCUGCCAAAGGUAUACGAAAGUUGUUGUUUGCCUUAGUGGUUUCACUACCUGCACUGUUUAAUAUUGGAGCACUGCUGGCGUUGAUAACGUUCAUCUACGCCAUCAUCGGGAUGUCACUGUUUGGUCAUGUCAAGCAACAGGGCGCGCUAGACGAUAUGGUCAAUUUUGAAACAUUCGGCCGAAGUAUGCAGCUGUUAUUUAGACUGAUGACCUCGGCCGGAUGGAACGAUGUGCUGGAGUCGCUCAUGAUUCAACCACCGGAUUGUAAGCUAGCGGAAGAUUUGGGUAACGGAGACUGUGGUCAUCCGCUACUUGCAAUCACCUACUUUACCAGCUUUAUCAUAAUCAGUUAUAUGAUUGUGAUCAACAUGUACAUUGCUAUUAUCCUCGAGAACUUCAACCAGGCCCAUCAGGAGGAAGAAAUCGGCAUCGUUGAAGACGAUCUGGAGAUGUUCUACAUCCGGUGGUCCAAGUACGAUCCACACGCUCAGCAGUUUAUCCACUUCAACCAGCUGUCGGAUUUUAUCGCCUCACUUGAUCCUCCGCUCGGAAUUCAAAAACCGAACACGAUAGCGCUGGUUUCGUUUAAUCUUCCCAUCUCCAAGGGUAACAAAAUUCAUUGCUUGGAUAUCCUACAUGCCCUGGUCAAGCAUGUGCUCGGGCACGUGGAGGAAACCGACAACUUCAAACAGCUCCAGGAUCAGAUGGAUCUGAAGUUCAAGAAGCAGUUCCCAACCCGUAAGGAGCUGGAAAUCGUUUCCUCGACUCGGAUCUGGAAGCGCCAGGAGAAGGCUGCCAAGACGAUCCAAACCGCUUGGAAAGAGUACCUGAGGAUAAAGAAAGAGCGAGAACGUUCACCGAUGUCCCUAGAGGACGACAAUACUCAAACUUCCAGCCCUGGUGGAUGGCAGAGUAAGCUAUCGGCCCUCAACUUCUUGCACCUGCAAGUUCAUCGCCGGGGAACGGCAACUUCUAGCCGUGCCUCAUCCCGGAAAUCGUCCCGAUGCUCCGAAGGCUCCGAUCUCAGUGAACUUGCCGGACCGUGGCUGAACCUACCACUGAUGUUAGUGUCCGGUACCAGCGAUCAAUCUGUCAAACAGCAAAAUGGUCUGGAUGUGAAGGAUAUGCCCGAGGUGAAGACACCUCGUCGAAGGAGCUUCUACAACUUUCCCUUUUUUCUUGGCCGUCAGGAUGCUGUAGAGGAGUCAAAUAACUCCCCUCAGGCGCAGAAACGGCAGGUACAAACCAACGAAACCGAACUGUGUCGAAGUGGUUCGCUAGAUAAGUCAGCACCAGCUGCAGCAACGGCUUCGGCAACAGCGCCAACGUCUGCGUCGGCAACGGCUUCACCAAUUCCGGCAACGAAAUCCAAACGAGCGACGAGCUUUGUCAAGAAGAAGCCUCCCCUGGAGCGAGGCUUCUCGGCGCAAAGUGCGUUGCGGUUUAACCGAAAUGCUGCUCUUCCUGACGAAAAUCUGUCUGCUUCCUCAGCCGAUGUUAGCAUUUUGGUAACGGAACCAUCACCAGAUGCGCCACCUGGCCUAAAUUUGGGUAAAGUGUCCGGUGAGCCCACCUUGGUACACGUUCUCGUGCACCGGGAGAGCGAAGAGUACCAAUCGGAUGUGGAAGGAGAUAAAGACGAGACCAAAGCGAAAGAACCCCGUGAUCCUACAAAAGCUAGCGAUAUAAAAAUCACUCCCGGAACUGGUAUUGACUAUCAAAUUCUAGGUGGCAGCGACGAGGAACCUCGACCGGUAGUGACAAUCUGUGUCGAAAGUCCUCAAGAGUCGCCGGAAACGCCGGAUAAAGAGCAACUUCUUCCAUCGCAGCCGGACGCCGAUAUGGUGGACCCGGAACCGAUCGACGUUAACCUUCCCCGUGAUACCUCCAACAUAUUCUACGACUACGAGGAACCGAAAGACGCCAAGCCGUCUGCACCGGAAAUUCCUCCUCGAAUACACCCGCUUCCGUUACAGGAUCUAGACAAGAUCGAAUACGACACCCAACAGACGAGUAGUAGUCCCAGUAGUAGCACCACUACCAGUGGACCUAACACUAGUGAUAGCACCACAACAAGCCCGGAAGAUGACCAAAUUCAGCACCAAUGCAUCGAAGACCCUAGAAGAUCGGCCAGCUGACCAACCGAGUCGGACUCGCAGCAACAGCAGGACCUGGAUCUGGCCGGCACUCCACAAAGCCAACCGGAAACUACCAGUUGACAAUCUUCUUUUUCUUUUUGAGUACUUUUUUGUCUGGCCACGCGGAUUUGCGUCCCGGUGGUCAACCGCUGUUGGUUCCGAUUGCGUCAACGUCAACGACUCCGACUGCUAUCAACUUUUACCAAAUGCUAUCAUCGAGAUUUUUUACCUCAUUCUUUUCUACGCUUUUAUAGUCCGUCGUGUGUGCGUUAAAUCGUUUGUCCCAAACUCUA